CUGCCUAUAAAACUCACUAACACCGCUAUGUGCUCCUAUUCUAGUCACUCUAUACUUCUACUCUUUGGCUUUAUCCACAAUCAGAGGAGAAUAGUACCAAUCUUGUAAAACAUUUUUGUGUGAACAGGUAAGCCCAUUUUCCCCAGUAAAAAUUACCAACGAUAAUAUCAAAAUAUUUUAAGAUACUGUAAAACUAAAAUGUUCCAAAAUAUGUUAUUGUAACUUUAACAGUAACAAUUACUUUGAUUGAUAGUCAUUAUUACAAUCCUUAAUUUUAAAUGAUAGCACAAUCAACUUCAGUUGUAUACUGUAUACAGCAUAUUUGCAAAUUAUUUUUUGACAGGGUGGAAGUAACAAGUGUUUGUUCACCUGCCCUAACUUACUUAUUCCUUUUGUAUCACUCACAGGGUUUGGUCUGAAAGAGGGGAAUGAUGACCACUCUUUCACAUGUACCCUUUGUGUCUGGGCUGUGUAUAGGAUUUCUGUCUAUUCAAUACUUUGUUUACUCAGACCACAGCACUGCAAAACCAGCUGUUUUCUCACUGGGUAACUCCAGUGGAGUUCAUUAUGACAAAAGGGUUCCAAGACACAUACACUCAGGUAAUUUACUUCUGAAUAUCUAUUCACUGCAUUUUAUUUGUGGCUUUCUUAAUCCCAAUAUUGUAAUAACAUGUUAUUCAUCAAAAACGAAUGUAAUGUAAACAAAUGAGUUUUGAGGUUUUCUCCACUUGCUAUGACAAUGUAAGGUCUAAGUCUAAGUAGAAAGCUUUUUUUGUGUGUGUGAGAGAGAAUCUUCAAACAUCUGUGAUUCCUGAAAGAAUUGUGGUUCCAAGAGGCCAGUGGAUUAGAGCACAGUGCUGGGAACACUACUGUUAGGGUGUCACGCCCUGGCUCUAGGGACUCUUUUAAGUUGAGCCAGGGUGUGUAGAGUUUAUGUUUUGUGCUCGUUGUGUCUAGUCUAGUUUUUUGUAUAUCUAUGUUGGCCAGAGUGGUUCUCAAUCAGAGGCAACGAGUAUCAGCUGUUGCUGGUUGUCUCUGAUUGGGAACCAUAUUUAGUCAGGUGGUUUUCCCACAGUGUUUGUGGGAUCUUGUUCCGUGUUGGUUUGUACCUGUGGACGUCACGUAUCGAUUUGUUGUUUUGUUCGUGUAUCAUUUAAUAAAUCAGUAUGUUCACCUUCAACGCUGCGCCUUGGUCCUCUCUUCCCGACGAUCGUGACAUAGGGGUUUGAUUCCCACAUAGGCCACAUGCAGAUGUUUCAAUGUCACAACCAAAUACUUUGGAUAAUAGCAUCUGCUAAAUCAGAGUUUCCCAAACUCGGUCCUGGCCCCCCCACAAAAGAACGUGGGUGCACGUUUUUGUUUUUGUGAUGAAUGUGAUAGAAGGAGUCAGGCGCAGGAGGGUAAAUCACCGAAUACAGAGUUUAUUCUGUCGUACACAGUUGCGCUGGAUAGCGACAACAAAAGACAGGCACAGGGGAACAAUCUACCCCGGCAAUACAAGGUACGGGUAGCUCCAACAAAAUACAGGCACAGGGGAAUAAUCCACCCCGGCAAUACAAAGGUACGAGUAGCUCCAACAAAAUACAGGCACAGGGGAAUAAUCUACCCCGGCAAUACAAUGUACGAGUAGCUCCACCGAGCUACACUACUCACAUAAAACAAUCACCCACAAGGACAAGGGGGCAGAGGGAACACAUACAUUUUUUACAUUUUAGUUAUUUAGCAGACGCUCUUAUCCAGAGCUUACAGUUAGUGAGUGCAUACAUUUUUCAUACACGGACUAAUGAGGGGAUAUGAACCAGGUGUGUGUAAUUGACAAGACAAGACAAAUGGAAUGAUGAUAUAUGGAGCGGCAGUGGCUAGUAAGCCGGUGACGACGAACACCGAAGCCUGCCCGAACAAGGAGGGGAGGCAGCCUCGGCGAAAGUCGUGACAGUACUCCCCCUUGACGCGCAGCUCCAGCAGCGCGCCGACUCCAGCCUCGGGGACGGCCAGGAGGACGCGGAGCAGGGCGAGUCGGAUGGCGACGGUGGAAAUCCCGCAACAGGGAGGGAUCGAGGAUCCCUCACCGGGACCCAGCACCGUUCCUCCCGACCGUACCCCUCCCAUCCACGAGGUACUGAAGGCCCCCCACCCGACGCCUCGAAUCCAGGAUGGAACGGACAGAGUACGCCGGGGCCUCCUCGAUGUUCAUAGGAGGUGGAGGGACUGAUCGUGGACUACAAGAAAUGGAGGGCCAAGCACGCACCCAUCCACUUCGACAGGGCUGUAGUGGGGGGCGGGUCGAGAGCUUCAAGUUCCUUGGUGUCCACAUCACUAAGGAAUUAUCUUGGUUCACACACAGACCAACACAGUCAUGAAGAGGGCACAACAACGCCUCUUCCCCCUCAGGAGGCUGAAAAGAUUUGCCAUUGGCCCUCAGAUCCUCAAAACGUUAUACAGCUGCACCAUUGAGAGCAUCUUGACUGGCUGCAUCACCUCUUGGUAUGGCAACUGUUUGGCAUCCAUCUGCAAGGCGCUACAGAGGGUAGUGUGUACAGCCCAGUACAUCACUGGGGCCGAGCUCCCUGCCAUCCAGGACCUCUAAUACAGGCGGUGUCAGAGGAAGGCCCUCAAAGCUUUCAAAAACCCAAGUCAUAAACUGUUCUCUCUGCUACCGCACGGCAAGCAGUACCGGUGCACCAAGUCUGGAACCAACAGUACCCUGAACAGCUUCUACCCCCAUAAGACUGCUAAAUAGUUAGUCCGGGUAGCUAUUGGUUAACUAUUUAACUAUCUAUUGUGUGUAGAUGGGUGAGAAUAGUUUUUUAUUCAAUCCAUUUUGAAUUUUGAGUUUGUGGUUGGUGCAGGAUUGAGUUCCUGUGCUAAAUGACCACACUUUUUAUUCAUUAUCUUUAAAUGAUCUCUUUCAGAUGAGGACAGGAGUGUUGCAGCCAACCUGUCCCAAAAUGUACGACUACUAUGUUGGAUCAUGACUGGGCCUAAGAACCUGGAGUCCAGAACCAAACACAUCCGGGCCACCUGGGCCAAACGAUGCAACAAAAUCCUCUACAUGAGCUCAGUGGAGACAGAAUUCCCCACGGUGGGGCUCAACGUAACCGAGGGAAGAGACCAGCUCUACUGGAAGACCAUCAGAGCCUUCCAGCACAUCUACCAAAACCACCGCAACGAGUACGACUGGGUCCUCAAAGCCGAUGAUGACACGUUCAUGGUCAUCGAGAACCUCCGAUACACAUUGUCCAAACAGGACCCGGAGAAGCCUGUAUACUUUGGGCGAAGGUUCCGCCCGUUCGUCCACCAGGGUUACAUGAGUGGUGGAGCCGGCUAUGUCCUCAGUAAAGAAGCCGUCAGAAGAUUCAUCGAGGGAUUCAACACUGGGAAAUGUUCCCACAUCUCCACCAUAGAAGACAUGGCUCUGGGGAAGUGUAUGGAGACAAUGGGUGUGGAGCCGGGGGACUCUAGAGAUGUGAAGGGAAGGCAGACGUUUCAUCCCUACCCACCACGCAACUACCUCAUCAAAGAGCCACCCAGAAAACGGCCCUGGUAUCUCUUAUACGACCACUACAAACCCAGAGAGGUAAGCAUAGCCUAACCCUAAUGAAGUGGUCACUUACAUCAAGUACAGUUGAAGUUGGAAGUUUACAUACACUAAGUUGACUGUGCCUUAAACAGCUUGGAAAAUUCCAGAAAAUGAUGUAAUGGCUUUAGAAGCUUCUGAUAGGCUAAUUGACAUAAUUUGAGUCAAUUGGAGGUGUAGCUGUGGAUGUAUUUCAAGGCCUACCUUCAAAUUCAGUGCCUCUUUACUUGACAUCAUGGGAAAAUCAAAAGAAAUCAGCCAAGACCUCAGAAAAAGAAUUGUAGACCUCCACAAGUCUGGUUCAUCCGUGGGAGCAAUUUCCAAAUGCCUGAAGGUACCACGUUCAUCUGUACAAACAAUAGUAUGCAAGUAUAAACACCAUGGGACCAUGCAGCCGUCAUACUGCUCAGGAAGGAGACGUGUUCUGUCUCCUAGAGAUGAACGUACUUUGGUACGAAAAGGGCAAAUCAAUCCCAGAACAACAGCAAAGGACAUUGUGAAGAUGUUGGAGGAAACAGGUACAAAAGUAUCUAUAUCCACAGUAAAACGAGUCCUAUAUCGACAUAACCUGAAAGGCCACUCAGCAAGGAAGAAGCCACCGCUCAAAAACCGCCAUAAAAAAGCCAGACUACGGUUUGCAACUGCACAUGGGGACAAAGAUCGUACUUUUUGGAGAAAUGUCCUCUGGUCUGAUGAAACAAAAAUAGAACUGUUUGGCCAUAAUGUGGUCCUCUGUAGCUCAGCUGGUAGAGCACGGCGCUUGUAACGCCAAGGUAGUGGGUUCGAUCCCCGGGACCACCCAUACACAAAAAUGUAUGCACGCAUGACUGUAAGUCGCUUUGGAUAAAAGCGUCUGCUAAAUGGCAUAUUAUUAUUAUUAUUAUUAUUAUAAUGACCAUUGUUAUGUUUGGAGGAAAAAGGGGGUAACUUGCAAUCCGAAGAACACCAUCCCAACCGUAAAGCAUGGGGGUGGCAGCAUCAUGCUGUGGGGGUGCUUUGCUGCAGGAGGGACUGGUGCACUUCACAAAAUAGAUGGCAUCAUGAGGAAGGAAAAUGAUAUGGAUAUAUUGAAGCAACAUCUCAAGACAUCAGUCAGGAAGUUAAAGCUUGGUCGCAAAUGGGUCUCCAAAUGGACAAUGACCCAAGCAUACUUCCAAAGUUGUGGCAAAAUGGCUUAAGGACAACAAAGUGAAGGUAUUGGAGUGGCCAUCACAAAGCCCUGACCUCAAUCCUAUAGAAAAUGUGUGGACAGAACUGAAAAAGCGUGUGCAAGCAAGGAGGCCUACAAACCUGACUCAGUUACACCAACUCUGUCAGGAGGAAUGGGCCAAAAUUCACCCAAAUUAUUGUGGGAAGCUUGUGGAAGGCUACCCGAAACGUUGGACCCAAGUUAAACAAUUUAAACGCAAUGCUACCAAAUACUAAUUGAGUGUAUGUAAACUUCUGACCCACUGGGAAUGUGAUUAAAGAAAUAAAAGCUGAAAUAAAUAAUUCUCUCUACUAUUAUUCUGACAUUUCACAUUCUUAAAAUAAAGUGAUGAUCCUAACUGACCUAAGACAGGGAAUUAUUACUAGGAUUAAAUAUCAGGAAUUGUGAAAAACUGAGUUUAAAUGUAUUUGGCUAAGGUGUAUGUAAACCUCCGACUUCAACUGUAUGCUCAUACAUACGAUUCAAUUAUAUUAUAUUUUCAGCUCUGUGUGUGGGUGUAAUGCUCUCUCAAUCAUGUGUAAUGUAUUGUGAGAGAUGUCAUAGAUGCUUUGAGUUUGGCAUUCAGUGAUUUUUGAUUAUGGCUCAUGACUAGCUAAAGUAAAUAUUUACUCAUGGCUUUGUACUUAUUAUAAGUAAGUAGCCAAGCUUGUGCGAGCCGGAAAGGCUCAUAAGACAAGAGCCCAUAUCUUGUUUUCUGUAGCGUGAGGCAGCUUGAUGUACAAGUACACCACCUGGUUUCUAGUCUAUCGCUGGGCCUCAUAUAAACACUUGUAUAAUGUUUUAUACAGGCUUAAUACAGCAUUUGAUAUACUACCUAAACUACUAUUAAUAUACUUAAUCGUUCUUCUUUCCCCCAGGGCCCAGAAUGUUGUUCAGAUCACGCCGUAUCAUUUCACUACAUCUACUCUGUAGAGAUGUACACCCUGGAAUACCUCACCUAUCAUCUACGGCCCUAUGGAUACAAGUACAGGUACAACCCUGAUGCUGCAGCAGCUGAAAUUGAGAGUAACCCCACCACACCUGUCUCUGCUUAACACAGAGAUAUCACAGAACGACUACUGCGCUGAAAUAAAGCACUUAUUACUGUGUCAUGUUUAAAUGCCGGAAACAACAGCCUGCAAUGAGACUGGGG